AUGGCGUGUAAACAACCAAGCAUGGCUCAAAGGAAGAGGCCAGGAAACCACAGUGUGGCUCCACCAGUCACCACCUCCUGUCCAACAGCUCACCAUACGGAGUCAUGUGAUGUGAAAGCCAUCCAUCCUAGACCGCGGCCAGUCCGCUACCCCAAAGAAUCACAUGUGCCAAAGCCCCUCCCCCGGACCUGUAAGGCACAUUACUCCUCUCAGAAGCAUGAAGAUGUAGUUUCGAGCUGUCCAGAGGUGGAUGCAGAUGCAGAUGUUGAACUAAAGCGAUUUAACAAUCAGCCAGAUGUAGAACUAGAGGAGCAGAGACCCACAACACCCUCAACGCCUGAACAUGAGCAAGUUAACCACAACCAGACAGACUUCCACGAUGGAGCUGACAGCCUGGAUGAUGACUCUUGCUCUGACUACAUAAACAACACUUCGGAGGAUGAGGAAGACUAUGAUGACGGACUGGCAGAAGAGGAUGAAGGUGUUACUUAUUACAUCCGGUAUUGCCCUGAAGAUGAGAGCUACAUGGAAGGUAUGGACUGCAGCAGCCAGGGAGACUGCAAACACAGUCACGAGCGUGCCUGUAUUAUGCAGCCAGGUGAAGGCCACCCCGAGUGCCAGGAGGCAGUUGAAGGGUGGACUGAAGAGAGGGACGCAGAGGUAGAUGAAAGAGAGGAGGAAUGGGUGGAAGAUGAAGAGGAAGGAAGUGUAGCUAAGGAAGAGUGGAAAGAGGAGGAGGAGGGCAUGAGUGAGGCAUGGAGGGAAGGAGAUGAAGAGGGUGCCGAGGAGUGGAGGGAGGAGGGCCCAGGCCAACAAGAGCAGUGGACUGGUAGUGAAAGGCACAGAGUAGAGGAAUGGACUGAGGACGGGGGUGAGGUACGCUGUGAAGUGGUGGAGCAAGAUCCAGAUGAACAGAUAUACAAUGGACGACCAGAACCAAUCUUGGACCAUAACCAUCACAAUCACCACCACCAACAACCUGCCACGCAGGAAGCCCUGCACAUUUGCCGGCCUGAUGUGGAGGAUGAGGACGAUGAUGCAGAAAGUGAAGAGUACUGCCCAAAUGAGGAAGGAGAUGAGGAAGGAGAUGAACAUGAAAGACAUGAAAGGGCCUACAGUGGAGGCUACUAUCCCCCAGAGGACAAUGGCAACUCUGUGCACGUCUCUCCCUUCCGUGGCCGUAAGAUGCUAGUGGUCGAGGGGGAAACUGGUGAGGAAGCGGAGGAGGACAUUGACCAAAUAGUUGCGGAGAUCAAGAUGAGUAUGAGCAUGGGGAGCCUAAGUAGUAGUACUGACCAAAGUCCAGAAGAACUGGCGCAGGACCCGCCCACAGGUGACUACCUACGAGCCAAGCCCAACACAGCCAUCUAUCCGCAAGCUCACCACCGCCAUGACAGCAGACCCAAGUCCCUCAACCUGCCUUCUGUGCAUCAUAACAACCCAGACCUCCAGAGGGGCCUCAAGAUCCAACCGCAUUCUCCAGAAGAUCGACAAAGAUGGCAACAAGAACAGGUAAACAAUGGCGCAGAGCAGCCCAGAAAACAGCAGCGCUCUGACCUAAACGUUCCCCUGGAGAACAACAACGUACCAGACACUACCAAAAAAGUUGCAUCGUUCCCCAGCUUUGUUGAUGUCCCAGGACCCUGCGAGCCAGAAGAUCUGAUUGAUGGAAUCAUCUUUGCUGCUAACUACCUGGGUUCCACUCAACUGCUUUCAGAGAGGAACCCUUCCAAGAACAUACGCAUGAUGCAAGCCCAGGAGGCAGUCAGCAGGGUUAAGAGGGUACAGAAGGCUGCCAAAAUCAAGAAAAAAGCGAGCCAAGACGGAGAUGCUCAAACCCUCACCGAAGUUGAUUUAUUCAUCUCCACUCAGAGGAUCAAAGUCCUCAAUGCAGACUCACAGGAAACGAUGAUGGACAAUGCAUUGAGGACCAUAUCCUAUAUUGCUGAUAUUGGAAACAUUGUGGUACUAAUGGCAAGACGUCGAAUGUCACGCACAGCUUCCCAAGACUGCAUCGAAACUACACCUGGAGCACCUGAAGCCAAGAAGCAGUACAAGAUGAUAUGCCAUGUCUUUGAGUCUGAAGAUGCCCAGCUCAUCGCUCAGUCUAUCGGUCAGGCUUUCAGUGUAGCUUAUCAGGAAUUCUUGAGAGCUAAUGGAAUUAACCCAGAGGACCUUAGCCAAAAGGAGUACAGUGACAUCAUCAACACACAGGAGAUGUACAAUGAUGACCUCAUCCAUUUCUCCAACUCUGAAAACUGCAAAGAGCUGCAACUGGAGAAGAGCAAAGGCGAGAUCCUGGGCGUGGUGAUCGUGGAGUCUGGGUGGGGCUCCAUCCUGCCCACAGUCAUCUUAGCCAACAUGAUGAAUGGCGCUCCGGCGGCACGCUCUGGCAAGCUCAGCAUCGGAGACCAGAUCAUGUCCAUCAAUAACACGAGUCUUGUUGGGCUGCCACUCGCAACUUGUCAGGGAAUCAUUAAGGGCUUAAAGAAUCAGGUUCAGGUGAAAAUGAACAUAGUCAGCUGCCCUCCUGUUACCACUGUCCUCAUCAAGAGACCCGACCUCAAAUACCAGCUGGGAUUCAGUGUGCAAAAUGGCAUUAUUUGCAGUCUAAUGCGGGGAGGGAUUGCAGAACGAGGGGGUGUCCGAGUGGGCCACCGGAUCAUCGAGAUAAAUGGGCAGAGUGUCGUAGCCACAGCACAUGAGAAGAUCGUCCAGGCUCUGUCAAACUCUGUUGGCGAGAUUCACAUGAAGACGAUGCCUGCAGCUAUGUUCCGACUCCUGACAGGCCAGGAGACACCAAUGUACAUAUAA